UAGCUAGUGCGCACUGCGCACUGCGCACUUUAGCACUCAAACUCAAUAAAGAGCUCUCAGAUUAUACAUUACUAUCUCUUUCUCUUUCAUUCACUCUCUGUACCUAAAAUGGCGAAUCGUCUGGUUAUGUUGCUGGUCUCUUUGUUAAGUUACUUGUUGUUCGAUGGAUCGGCUGCUGUCACGUUUUCUUCGAAGCUGAUUCACCGAUUUUCCGACGAAGCGAAAGAGAGAUGGAUUUCGAGAGGUGGUAACGCGUCGGUUGCUGGUAUGUGGCCGAAGAAGGAAAGUGUGGAGUUUAUGGACUUGCUUUUGCUUAACGACUUGAAACGGCAGAAAAUGAGAGUGGAUUUACAAAGUAGUAACAAGUCGCAGUAUCAAUUGCUGUUUCCCUCUCAAGGAAGCCAUACUCUGUACUUCGGAAAUCAGUUUUAUUGGUUGCAUUACACGUGGAUUGACAUAGGGACACCAAACGUUUCGUUUCUGGUUGCAUUGGAUGCUGGAAGUAAUAUUUUAUGGGUCCCAUGUCAAUGUAUAGAAUGCGCUCCGUUGUCUGCCAGUAACUAUACUUCUUUGGAAAGAGAUCUGAGUGAGUUUGAUCCGACAAUUUCCAGCAGCAGCAAAAACCUAUCGUGCGGUGAUCAGUUAUGCAAGCCCCACUCAAACUGCAAAAGCUUGAAGGACCCCUGCCCUUACAUUGCUCAGUAUGCUUCACAAGAUACCACAAGUUCUGGAUAUCUGGUUGAAGAUGUACUACACUUGGCAUCAGUUAGCAAUUAUGCAUCCAAAAGUUCAGUGCAAGCAUCAGUAAUUAUAGGCUGUGGUAGGAAGCAAACUGGCAGUUAUUUGGAUGGAGCAGCUCCGGAUGGACUAAUGGGGUUGGGACUUGGAGACAUUUCGGUACCAACUUUGCUUGCUAAAGCAGGAUUUAUUCCGAAUUCUUUCUCAAUUUGUUUUGAUGAGAAUGAUUCAGGAAGAAUUUUCUUUGGAGAUCAAGGGCCUGCCUCUCAACAGUCCACUCCAUUCUUGCCCAUAGGAGAAAAAUAUGACACCUAUUUUGUUGAGGUGGAGUCUUACUGUGUUGGAAGUUCUUGUCUUCAGCAAUCUGGAUUCAAAGCAUUGGUUGAUAGUGGUUCAUCGUUCACAUUUCUUCCAACUAACGUAUAUGAUAAUGUUAUUUCAAAGUUUGACAAACUUGUGACUGCUAAAAAAAUUUAUCUUCAAGGAAAUUCCUGGAAGAACUGCUACAAUGCCAGUUCAAAGGAGCUGCGUAGCAUUCCCAACAUGAGGCUCAUAUUUACUGCAAACCAAAGCUUUGUAGUCCAUAAUCACAAAUAUAUCUUUCCUGAAAAUCAGGGAUUUACCGUAUUCUGUUUAACUGUGAUGCCUGCAGAUGGAGACUUUGGCAUUAUAGGACAAAACUUCAUGAUGGGCCAUCGCAUGGUCUUUGAUAGGGAAAAUUUUAAGUUGGGUUGGUCACUUUCCAAUUGUGAAGAUGUGAGUGACAGGACACAUGUACAUCUUGUGCCACCGCCUGAUGGUGGAUCUCCAACCCCGUUGCCAACCAAUGAGCAACAGAGCACCAGUAAUGCCAGCACUGUUUCACCUGCCACUGGCAAAAGGGGUUCGUCAAAGUCCUCAGCAUUGUCAAUCCUGCAACUUCAUUCUCUGUUCCUUCAAAUGAGUUUAUUGAUACUGUUAAUAUGUUUGUUCCAACCAUCCGAUUAACUCUUUUCAUCAUUUUAUUUUGUAAAUCUUGUGUAUUCUUAUCAUAACUCUCUCGGCUGAUCGAGUGUUUGCAUUUUGAUUAGGUUAUUGUAUUUGAUUGAGGUGGGUAGGAAGAGUUAUGUUAUGAUUUGGUAUGUUAAAUUCUGUGGAUUUAAUAUGAUUUUGCUUACAUAUUUAUGUAA